CCCCACCUCGAAAUUUCCAGAAGCUCCGCGGUCAACAGCUCAUAACGGCGUGAGCUCUUCUUCGUCCGCCGUCACGACUACCAGCUGCUGUCGACGAUCAGAACACUUGGAUAGUUAUCGCGAUAAUACCUACGAGCUCUUCAGAUGGCGGACGCAUUGAAAGCAGAGGGCAACAAGGCCUUCUCCGCGAAGGACUACGCAACAGCUGUUGAGAAAUUCACCCAAGCAAUUGAGAUCGAGCCCCAAAACCAUAUUUUGUACUCCAACCGAUCUGCUGUUUACGCCGCUCAGUCAGAGUACCAAAAAGCUUUGGAAGAUGCCAACAAGGCGACCGAGAUCAAGGCGGACUGGUCGAAGGGUUGGGUCAGAAAGGGUGCUGCUUACCGUGGCUUAGGAGAUCUAUUGGGUGCGCACGAUGCAUAUGAAGAGGCUUUGAAGCUCGAGCCCGGCAACGACCAGGCUAAGAACGGCCUGGCUGCCGUGCAGAGGGCUAUUGAGGCGGAGGCUCGCGCGGACGGUGUUGAGGGCGACCCAUUGGGUGGACUGGGCGGCAUGUUCAACGAUCCUCAGAUGAUUCAGAAGCUGGCCAGCAACCCGAAGACGUCUGCUCUGUUAGCGGACCGCGACUUCAUGCAGAAGCUGCAGCGCCUCAAGGACAACCCCAACGCGAUCGGAGAAGAGAUGCGUGACCCCCGUUUCCUGCAGGUCAUGAGUGUGCUGCUGGGAAUUGACAUGCAAUUCGGGGCUCCUCCCGAGGCUGGAGCCAAGGACGAGGAUGUGCCGAUGGCGGAUGCCCAGCCCAAGCCCGCGGAGACCAAGAAGGAGCCUGAGCCCGAGCCCGAGCCUGAACCAGAGGAUGAGGAGACGAUUGCAAAGAAGAAGGCGCAGGAGGCUGGUGAUGCGGAGAAGAAGGUCGGUAAUGACUUCUACAAGAAGAAGCAGUUCGACGAGGCUAUCGAGCACUACACGAAAGCAUGGGAACUGAACAAGGAUAUCACCUACCUCAACAACAUCGGAGCCGCCAAGUUCGAGAAAGGAGACUACAAGGGUGCUAUCGAGACGUGCCAGCAAGCCAUUGACGAGGGCCGCGAGUUGAGAGCCGACUUCAAGAUGAUCGCCAAGGCCUUUGCAAGAAUCGGUAGCGCGCACGAGAAGCUGGGCGACCUCCCUCAGGCUAUCGAGUACUACAACAAGUCACUCACCGAGCACCGCACACCUGAUGUCCUUACGAAGCUCCGCAAUGCCGAGAAGGCCAAGGUCAAGGCCGAGCGUGAUGCAUACAUUGACCCGGCCAAGGCUGAGGAGGCCCGCGAACUGGGCCAGAAGAAGUUCCAGGAAGCUGACUGGCCUGGUGCAGUUGAUGCCUUCACAGAAAUGACAAAGCGCGCUCCUGACGACCCCCGUGGUUUCUCCAACCGUGCUGCUGCUCUUAUCAAGCUCAUGGCUUUCCCUCAGGCUGUGCAGGACUGUGAUGAUGCCCUCAAGCGUGAUCCCAAGUUCAUCCGCGCCUAUAUCCGCAAGGCCCAAGCUCUGCAGGCCAUGAAGGAGUACAAUAGGGCCUUGGACGUCCUCGAGGAGGCCCGGGAGCACGACACGGAAGGAAAGCACACCCGCGAGAUUGAACAACAGCAGCAGAAGGCCUUGGAGGCGCAGUACAGUGCACGCGCUGGUGAGACGGAGCAGGAGACUGCCGAGCGUAUCCAGAGAGAUCCUGAGAUCAUGUCCAUCCUGCAGGAUCCUGUCAUGCAGAGCAUUCUCCAGCAGGCCAAGAGCGACCCGAUGGCUCUGCAGGAGCACAUGAAGAACGCCCAGGUCCGGAUGAAGAUCCAGAAACUGAUGGCUGCCGGUGUCAUUCGCCUGGGUCGGUAAAUCUGAAGUCUCCUUUUCAAGCCGUACGUUUUCUAAAAAUGACGCGAUGGCGCGAGAUGGGGUUGGCAUGGAUACGAUUGAUGAUCUCGAUAUUUUCCUUAAUCAAUUUCCAAAAACGUGACCAGAGGCCCUACGUAUUUGGCAUCAGUCUGUUUCAUUAUUUAUAUGUAUUGUAUAAUGCAAUACCUUUACGGCAUGUACCUCAAUGGUCAAUGAAGCAUAUGCAUUGUUCUGUUCCAGUUCUUAUUUAU